UUCCCUGCAGUUUGGCUUUGGGCCUUUUGAGUUGCCUCCUCAGUGGCUCUCAGAGACCCGAAACAGCAAGAAGCGGCUACUCCCCCCCUUGGGCAACACCCCGGAAGAGCUGAUCCAGACAAAGAUGCCCAAGGAUAUCAAUGGACAUUAUAAAGGGAAACCUAGAUGAAAUUUCAAAACCAGCCUCAAGUUCAAGAACACGUCCUGGGAGCAGAAGUUCAAAUGCUUCUUUGGAGGUGCUUUCACCAGAACCAGGAUCCCUCAAGAUUGAUACUGCUAGCAAGUUGAUCUCUGAUACAGGGGACUACCCAGAAAGCAGUAAUACAGAGAAAGGAAGACAUAGUAAUGAUGAUAAAGGAGAAAACUACUCUGAGAAAAUAAAAUUGACCCAAGAGGGGUCAGAUGAAGAUGCAGAUUUGGUUCAACAUCAGAUAUUCCCUGAGUGUUCAGAUGAACUCAAGUUAAAAGAAUCAGAUUCUCAACUUCAAGAUGCUAUUCAGAAGAUGAAGAGGCUUGAUAAAAUACUGGUGAAGAGACAAUAUAGAGAAAAAGAAAUUAAGAAGCAAGGUCUAGAAAUGAGAAUAAAGUUGUGGGAAGAACUUAAGUCUGCAAAAAAUAGUGAAGCUUCGCAAAGUAAUGAGGAGAUGAAAAAUACAAAAAAAUUUUUAAAUUUGACCUCUGUGUCUGAAGAAACUGUUGAUCCUUCUUGUUAUGGGGAUGAAGACACCUUUUCCUCGGUGUUUCACACUCAAGUCCCUCCAGAAGAAUAUGAAAAGUGGAUGCAGAAUGUCAAUCAAGAUUUUACCUAUGAUGUGGAAAGAAAUGAGUCAUUGAUCAAAGCAGGAAAGAAACUUUCCUCAAAUACCGAAAAGAUUGAGCUCAAGGGUAAACACAACCAGGAUUUUAUUAAACGAAACAUUGAGUUGGCCAAGGAUUCAAGAAACCCAGUGGUUAUGAUUGACAGUGAGAAGAAAAGGCUGGUUGAGCUUUUGGAGGACUUGGAUGAUAGAGAUUCGGGGCUGUUCAGUUCUGAGGGCAAUCAGUGUGGCUGGCUGGUUCCAGGAGAGGGAUAUACACUUGCAGUCACCCAGCACCAGCAGCUUGCUGAAAUUGAUGUAAAACUCCAAGAACUCUCUGCAGCUUCCCCAACAAUUUCCAGGUUUUCUCCAAGCCUUGAAAGUGAGAAUGAUCAGGAACCUGCGUUUGAUGAUGAAAGAAAUAUGGAAGUAACUCCAGGAGAAAAGGUACUUAGGAAUGCCAAAGAGCAACGGGACCAACAAAAUCGGCUGAGAGAGAUAGAUGAAAAGCUGAGAAAGAUGAAGGAAGAUGUGUUAGAUUCCACAUCAUUUCUCUCUGAGGAACAGUUAAAGUAUCUUCUGGAUAAAUGCACAUUCAAACAAAAAUCCGUCUUUAGACUUUCUUCAGAAAGAGGAAGUGAAGACACUGAGGAUGUAACACCUGAGUGCCCUCAGCGUUCCAGAUCCAUCGUCUCUAAGUUACCAAAUGAGCCAGAAACAAACGUCCAGAAAGCUGAGGUAGACAAUGCAAAUAUGCUUGAGAUUGCAGACUGUGAAGCUUCUAAAUGCUACUAUCUUUCCAAAGCCUUGACUGGGCACUAUAUGUCAGAAGCUCUUGUCAUUGAUGCAGAAAAUACGAAAUGCCUUCAGUUUUCCAAGGAUGAAAUUGCUAGUGACACAGAAGACUAUUUUAUGUCGAAGACUCUUGGCAUUGGGAGACUGAAAAGGCCCUCUUUCUUGGAUGAUCCACUGUAUGGUAUCAGUGUGAGCCUUUCAUCAGAAGACCCACAUCUGAAACUUAGCUCUCCAGAGAGACUAAAAACAGAUGAACAGGAGACUACAGAUACAACAGAAGAACGUAAAGAAGCAUAGGAAAAGACUUGCUGGGUGUGCUUUUAAGAAAGUUGGUAAUUAAGUCAAAUUACAUUUUGUUGAAUUCUUUGAAUUCAAUGAAUGCAUUGUGGAGACUGAUCCACAAAUAAUGAUUUUGACAUGUGGAUUCUCUCUUUGUGAAUUACAUUUUCUUGUUAUUUUUGACACUUGGGAUGGUCUUUUCCAUUAAAAUUUCUGAGAAAAUUGCUUGUAAGUUUAUUGCUAAUUUGUAGUAUCAGGAAUAAAUGAUUAAACCCAA